UUUGUUUGAUGUCAUUUUCACUUUGUAUGAGACGCCGCUCAUCACCCCUCUGCCUCUUACUCCUGCUCCGGCCUGCUCCUGCUCUUGCUCCGUCCUGCUCAGUCGCUAUUUUUCAGUCUCCCUCUCUUUCUCAUCUGGCCAGCGAGCUGCUGCUGCUGCUUCCUUCCCUCCCUGUUGACGUCGUCGAGCCCGAUUGCUGCUGCUGCUUCUCUCUUCCACCCAGUGGAAAUCGAUUUGCCCCUGCUCGACCGGAGCUCUGCUGCCUGCUGCUGCUUUCCUCUCCCAGGUGGCCAGGCUUUCUCGGAUUUAGUUAUCGUUCGGCCUUUCUUCUCUUCUAAGUGCGGCACAGCAAAUGGAGCUCUCAGUUCAAUCUCGUGUUGUUGGGAUUCCCCCAACCUACGUUCAUCCCCCAAAACCCACCGCUAAGAGCGACAGGUCCCUGGCGACAGCAUCCCCUUCACUGGUCAGCUCCGACAGAAUCGAAGAGGUGAAGAGGGUGGUAACCAAGGAGAUAGACGUGGCCGUGAAGAUCCAUCUUGACGGCACUGGCAUUGCUGAUAGCAGCACUGGGAUUCCUUUGGAUCACAUGUUAGAUCAACUUGCUUCGCAUGGGUUGUUGGAUGUGCAUGUGAGGGCCAUUGGCGACAUUCACAUAGAUGAUCACCAUACAAAUGAGAAUGUUGCCCUUGCUAUUGGAACAGCUUUAUUGCAGGCACUUGGAGACAGGAAAGGAAUAAACCGUUUCAGUGAUUUCUCAGCUCCACUUGAUGAAGCCCUUGUACAUGUUGCACUGGAUUUGUCAGGGCGGCCGCAUUUAAGUUUUGAUAUACAGAUACCCACAGAGAGGGUAGGGACAUAUGACACUCGGUUGGUAGAGCAUUUUUUUCAAUCCCUAGUCAAUACCUCGGGUAUGACACUUCAUGUAAGACAGCUAGCUGGAAAAAAAUCGCACCAUAUUAUUGAGGCUACUUUUAAGGCUUUUGCUAGGGCUCUUUGGCAAGCCACCGAGUAUGAUCCAAGGCGUCUUGGGACAGUUCCCAGCUCGAAAGGGGUUCUAUCACGAUCUUGAUGAGGAAUGACUUGUAUGAACACCAGAGUUUAUGCCAUGUUAUUCUCCGACAGGCUUCAUACAUGGUAUGUUGUCUCACCAUUUACCUAGAGAUACAUUUUGCAUCAUCAGAAAGGUGACGCAACCAGAGGAAAACGGCGACUUUUGUUCGAUAUACAUUACUGAGAUGAGACUGGCUUUUAUGUUCAUGUGAUUGCUGCAUGAUGGGGUGCCCUGCUCAUGGUGCUAUUAACAUAAGUCAACAAGAUCCUCGUUUAGCAAGUUUUAUGGUUUAGCCCUGUAUUAGAGUUUCUCCAGGAAGAUGCCAUCUUCCGUGUAAUUUGCUCAUGGUACUAUUAACAUAAGAUAAGUCAACAAGAUCCUCGUUUAGCAAGUUUUACGGUCUAGCCCUGUAUUAGAGUUUCUCCAGCAAGACGCCUCCUGUGUGUAAUUUGGGUAUGAAGGAACUUCUUGUCCAGUACUUAUGGUUCACAUGUGCUGGAAAUGCCUAAUUAUGAGAACUUUGUGCUCUGGACUUUUAAUU